UAUGGGAAAAUUAAGUUGGGGAAAGACGACGAGGAGCCAGAGUUCAGUGAUAUGACGUACUUUACAAUGCUGUUUGCUGCAGGCGUUGGAAUUGGGUUGUUUUACUUCGGGGUUGCAGAGCCUGUAAUUCAUUACGACACGCACAUGCCGUAUGCUAAUCGCUACUGGGGAAG